AUGCUAUUUAUCAACGUGGAGGGUCAUGUCCAACAGGUUGAGACAAUCUCACGUAAGAUAUUUACUGCCAUUCCUGAGAACGUAUUGCCAAAGCUGGAGUGGAACGACAUGGGAGGUAAGGAUGUAAGCCGGCAGCGAAAAAAUCUGCGCUUUGCUGACAACAUCGUUCUGAUAACAUCUAACGCCAGCCAAGCGGAACGAUUGCUGACCGAUUUGGAGGAAGCAUAUGAAAACAUUGGUAUUCAGCUGAAUUUGCAAAAGACUAUAUUCAGGAGAAAUUAA